AUGUCGCGCGUCUACAUAGGACGCCUUAGCUACAGCGUCCGAGAAAAGGACAUCCAGCGAUUUUUCAGUGGCUACGGCCGUCUCCUCGAUGUAGACCUCAAAUAUGGGUACGGCUUCGUGGAGUUCGAGGACUCCCGCAGCGCCGACGACGCUGUGUACGAGCUGGACGGCAAGAAGCUGUGCGGCGAGCGUGUGAUCGUGGAGCACGCCCGCCGCCCGCGCUGGGACCGCGCUGGCUACAGCUACGGAAGCCGCAGUGGUGGAAGUGGAUACAGCAGUCGGCGAUCUUCAGGAAGAGACAAAUACGGACCUCCUGUUCGUACAGAGUACAGGCUUAUUGUAAAAAAUCUUUCUAGUCGUUGCAGUUGGCAAGAUUUAAAGGAUUUCAUGAAACAAGCAGGUGAAGUGACCUACGCGGAUGCUCACAAAGAACGGACAAACGAAGGUGUGAUUGAGUUUCGCUCCUACUCCGACAUGAAGCGUGCUUUGGAUAAACUGGACGGUACAGAAAUAAACGGCAGAAAUAUUAGGCUUAUUGAAGAUAAACCACGAACGAGCCACAGGCGGUCUUACUCUGGAAGCGGAUCCAGCUCUCAAUCUCGAAGACGGUCACGAAGUAGGAGUCGCAGGAGCAGCUGCAGUAGAUCUCGAAGUAGAUCUAGGUCUCGGAGCAAAGGUCGGUCACGUUCUCGAUCAAAAGGCUGGAAAUCCGGAUCCAAGAGCAAAUCUAAGCCCAGGUCUGAUUGGGGCUCUCAUUCUCGCUCGCAGUCUCCCAAGGAAAAUGGCAAAGGUGUUAUCAAGUCAAAAUCCAGAUCAAGGACUUCCCGCCAGCACUCGGUCCUGGACUGGGCUCUGAGGAUGCAAAUGCCAGAUUUGUUCAUCUGGCACAAGCAGGGCCCGGUGCCCAGAGCCCAGCAGCUGAUGGGAAUCACUGAAGGACUUUCAGGGGACACCAGGCACACCCCUCCAGAAGGCUGUCCACCAGCCACACGUUCAGACCCUGGCAGGCUGGGCCCACAGCUCCCGUCCUCUCCCUGGUUGCACAGCGAGAGCCACAGCCCGCCCGCCGUGUCAAUAGAUGCAGGUGGCCAGGCUUCUGUCCUCAGCCUGGUCCGAGCUGUCCUCCUCCUGGCCCUGGACAUCCACCUCCUCUACCUCAUCCUGGGCCCUUGCUGUCGUCUGGAGAGACUUGAACAUGCACCUGGAUGA